AACUUGAAUCUGCUCAUUAUCUUGUCAUCAGCUCAGUGAGCCAAAUGUCGGCUGCGGUGAUGGCCACCUCCGGUCCAUGCAUGAACCUGCUAAGGAGAAAUACCACCUUCCAGCCUCUUCAUCCUAUCCAUCCUGCUCUUCACCCUCCUGUCCAUCCUACUCUUCACCCUCUUGGCUCAGACACACAUUCAUUCCUGAGCCAUCAGUCUUCCAUUCUACAUGAGCAAAUACUCAACCUUCCGUAUUUCAACCUAAUCCACCUGAAUCACACACACAAACCUCCGCACACCCCAGGCUCUCUGUCCGGCAUCAGCAGCCCUGCCUCAUCCUCCUCUUCCUCUUUUUCUCCAAACAAAGACGUCUUCAUGCACCCUCAGAUGAUAGAGGAAUCGAAGCGCACUUAUAGUUUUACCCAGGAGGAUUUAUUCACUGUCCUCUAUGGAUACAGUAAAGACCACCAGCAAGGGGUCGGACAUGCCAUCUCAGGACUGAUGUUACCUAGCACCCCAGACCUUCUGCCUGCGAACACAGUGGACACAGAAAGCCUCGACCUGCCUGAAGGUCUGUGUGUGUUCCGGUGUUCGUGUGCCGGUCUUCCCCACUGUGGGGUUUUUGCCGCGCGCAACUCUAUACCUAAAGGCACGCGCUUCGGACCGUACCGCGGAAAAGCGGUGAACACAAGCGAGAUCAAAACACACAACGACAACACACUUAUGUGGGAGAUCUUUGAGAAGGGCCGGUUGAGCCACUUUGUGGACGGCAGCGGUGCGCGCGGCAGUUGGAUGUCGCUGGUGCAAUGCGCGCGCUUCCCCGAGGAGCAGAACGUGGUGGCGGUGCAGCGCGCAGGCCGCAUUUACUACGAGACCUGCAGAGAGAUUCGCCCCCUGCAGGAGCUCCUGGUCUGGUACGGAGACACCUACACCCUGUACAUGGGCAUCCCCAUGUGCCUCAGAGAAGAGGAGGAAGAAAAUAAAGAGCAGGACGGAGACUCGGCUGAGGGCUAUAAAUGUGAUCGAUGUGGAAAGGUCUUCGCUUACCGUUACUACAGAGAUAAGCACCUAAAGUACACGCGCUGUGUGGAUCAGGGAGACCGGAAGUUCCCCUGUCAUCUCUGUAACAGAUCGUUCGAGAAGAGAGACCGACUGCGUAUCCACAUCCUGCACGUGCACGAGAAACACCGACCGCAUAAGUGCUCUGUGUGCGGCAAAAGUUUUUCUCAGUCCUCCAGCCUCAACAAGCACAUGCGCGUGCACUCCGGAGAGCGACCUUACAAAUGCGUCUACUGCAACAAGGCAUUCACAGCCUCCAGCAUCCUUCGUACACACAUCAGGCAACACUCAGGUGAAAGGCCAUUUAAGUGCAAACACUGUGGGAAAGCCUUCGCCUCCCACGCAGCACAUGACAGCCACGUACGCCGGAGUCACGCCAAAGACAAACCGGUGGCAUGUGAUCUCUGUGACAGCACGUUUGAGCAAGCAGAGGAGCUUAAAGAGCACAUGAAGAUCCAUAAGAAGCGCCCACUUAUGCAGUCUCCGGCUCUUCCUUCUUCUCCUGGCACACACACGGCAGAUCAGACCGGGCCUUUAAACAGUGAAUGUGCCAGAGUGCAGCGGGACAUCACCACAAGUUUCUCGCCCUUUCCAGGAAUCACCUCCAGUUACAGACCAUGGAAUUAACUCACACACCUCUGUGUUUGACUCCACCGUGAACUGCACACUGACAUACUACACAGCAUGGCUGUGAUCCAAAUCAAGACACAGGUCUUAGCUCAG